CUCUCCCUCCUCACCCUAACCCAUCUUCACGACCCGCAGAGUUGUUCUUGCUUGAGCUGAAGAGGAGACCUGCUGCUGGAAAAAAAAGGGUUCAAGUUUGCAAAGAAGACCACCAGUUCUGUAUGGGGAAGCAUGAAGACAUGAGUUUUCUGAAGUAAAACUGACCACUCAGUGGCUUCUCUAAACAUCCAGCUCUCCUCUUUUUGGAUGGAUAAGGCUGAAUGCCAUGAAAUGCAUGCUUAUAUUCAGAGGAAUGCUGAUUCUGAUCUUUGCAACUUAAAAGAUUUCUAUGGAAGUGCAAAUAUGAUGGAAGAAUAAUACACCCUUGGCUUGAAUCAAGUCAGGACACCUCCCCUACUUGCAGGCACAAGGAGUUGUGAUGAUUUUUAGAAAACAAGCAGGAGUACUGUCCUCACUCCUCGCCUGUGAUGAUGAUGGACUUACCCAGCCAGCACUCGCCUGUGGAGGUCAGCUGAAGACGACGCCACACAGCUAAGUCUGGAUUAGCCGGCCGAACGAGUUUCAAUGCUCCUCCACGUUCUAAGAUGAAGUUAUGGAAAGGUGCUACUUUUGCCUUCAUGCUCUGUGCUGCAGCCCUGUCCACCAUCCUCAUUAGAAACAUGGCCACCAUCAGACAGUUCAAGCUUAACACAAAAUAUCCAUCUUCACCCUCGUCGAGACCGUCUGCAUUAUUAGAAUCAGCAUCCAAGACCUCACCGCCAUCAUCGUCAUCGCCCUCCUCAGAAUCAAGGCCAGUGCCCCAACAGAUGGGUGAUCUGCAUCGGAGGAAACGCUCAACAGACGACAUGAAAUCUUUCCUCUCAGAGUUUACCAUGAUGUUGCAGAGCUUCACUGAGGGCGAGCUUCAGCACAUGGUCGGAACUGUGCUAGAAACUAAGCGAAGGAAGAGCCGGCGGCUUGCUAAGACCCAGGGCCGCAGGACUAAAAGGGCCCGAAAGCCCAAGUCGUGCACCGUCAGGACGCUCGAAGUGAAAGUUAAUGAACUGGGUCUCGAAUAUAAGAGCGAAGAGACUGUGCGGCUGCGCUACUGCAGUGGCAAAUGCGAUAAACACCGGGAAAACUAUGACAUGGUCAUGAAGCACAUGAUGACAGUGGGCUUCAGAGAGAAGGGCCGCAGGGACAAAGUUAGCAUUCAGCCCUGCUGCCGACCGAUUGCAUUUGAGGACUUUACCAUCCUGGACACAACAGUAAACCCCAGCCGCUAUCAGAACAUACACAACGUAUCUGCAAAGAACUGCGGAUGUGUAUGACCCAGAGAUAUGGACUUCUUUAUGCUGCUCUCUCUCUCUGAUGGAAGAGUCAUGGUUGCUGUUAACAGAAAAUCUAUGGAGUAUAAACUCAAUGAGAGGAAGAUGUGAAUAUGUUCCUGGAUGCUCCAAAGCAGCUUUUUAAAAAAAUAAUAAUUUUAUUUUUUUUUUGUUGGACAGAUAGACUAUGGCAUUUGACCAUCAGUCUUCACAAGCUGAGACAGUGUCACGUGGACACCAAGACUUGACAUGUACAAAGGCAGACAAUGGCUGCUUAAAUCACAAGUUUUUAUCUUUUCUAUCCAUGUAGUAACACUGUAAACUGUGGUGUAACAACAAUGUAGCAAGGUUUUGUUUGUGAUGUCAUAUUUCAGUAGUAAAUGAAACAGAUUAUGAUUUAUAAGCUGUAGGGGACCAGAUCAGUGCUGUAACUGGACUUCAUUCCCACCGGUGUUAAUCACAGGACACUUCAGCCUCGUGGCCUGAUUAUAAUGUUUUGUGAUCUGGCUUAAAGCGUGUUGUUAUUACAGGCCAUGACUUUGGUUCCCUACUUCUAUGCAAUGUUACUAACUGCAGUGUUAUUACACAGGUAAAAGAAAAAAGUGUUACUGAUUAGAAUUUGCUAAUGCAAAUCUAUAGCUCCAGGUUUCAUGCUCACGUUAAAAACUCCAGUGUAUGUCGAUUUGUGUUGAAUAACAGCAACAGAGCAAUUUAAACAUUUCACACAUCUGCUCCCUUGAGUUCUACUUUCUCAAAAUACCCCAGUCUAAAAUACGCAAUUACCCAUAAUUUUCAGGAAUUAUUUUCCCCAAAUAAUUGCCAUAACACACCAAGUCAAAUCAACACGCGCGGGAAUCCACAAAGUUACAUUCAUAAACAUCGCACGUAUCAGGUUGCCGGUGAUAUAACCCGUUUCAUUUUUGUCUCUGGGUGUCAUUUGUGAAUGUUUACACUUGCACGGUCAUUAGCUAAUUUGAGAAGCAGGUGUAAAAGAGAAAAAUGGUUUUAGUGAAAAACUAAAAACUUGGCAAAGUAGAUGCUAGGAUCUGAAGUGAUGUUCGCACCUCUCCAUAAAACCAUGUAACCUUUCUAAUCCAAAACCCACAGUACAGCCUUCCACUGGCCCUUCAAAUGCCUCCUUUGUUGUAUUGCCUGGUUGACUUUUAGGGGAGAAAAAGCUGUUGAAAUGAAUCAUUAAGCAUCUUUUUCACCUUCGCCGAUUUUUAUUUGGUUUGAACCCAUAGCAACUGGCUGAAGUAAAAACAUAUUAUGUCUGUCUGGUUUUUUUUCCUUUUGACUUUUUUUUUUCCGGGAAGGUGAAAUGGAGAUGCGGUGCAUCUUUUUGUUGUUGUUCUUAUUGUAUUUAUUUGGGAAAUAAAUUAUGGUUUUGCAUAUUUAUUUAGAUUACCACACAGAAAUGGGACAGCUUAUCAUCAUUAAGAAACUGUGCCAAAAAUGUUUAUCUUACAUUCUAUACUGACUGCUGAAUAAAUAUAAUUUCAGACGUAUGGAUGUUUAUCGUUUCUCCCAAGUCACUGAUUUUGGGGGUGUCAAAUAUUCUGUACUCAGAUUGUAUU